AUGUCUAGUCAAACUCCUAAAAUCAUUAUAGAUGAGGUUUUUAAUAAAUUGGUACCCAAACCAAUUAAUCUUCGUCCAGAAUAUGAUUUGGAAUAUGUUAAAAAAUAUUAUGUGAAAUGUGGUAGUUAUAACUAUAAUUGUGUUGAAAAUAUAUGCAAACUAGAAAAAAGAUACAAUGAUUUAGCUAUUAUUAGACCUUAUGAAACACCUCAACAUUUGCUCAAUGAGACAUAUUUAUUGACUUCUCCGCUAUUACCUCCAAAGCCUUUUGCAUACAUACAGCGCAGGGCAGGUGUAUCUAGCUUUAUUGAUGUUGAUGGGUACUGGGCUUCUGUGCGAAAAAAUACAAGGAAAGAAAUAGACUUAAUAUCUUUUGACUGA